AUGUUCAAAAUAUUCUCGUUUAUACUAGGAGCAGUCGUAAUUGCUGCAGCAUGGGCAUGCUCGGCUGGCAUGGGCGGUGUUGAUGACAACGAAUGGAUCGAAAAUCCGGUAUUUAGCAUGGAUAUCAGUCCACCCGUGGGAUGGACAUUCUUCCCCGCGAAGAGCAGCGAUAACUACCAGAUUUGGUAUUUUGUUGGACAGUCAAACGAUACAGUACUGGCCAGACAGCGAGCUAAUGCUGAAAUUAGAGCAUCUAUGCUGGAAGCACUGACGACUGCUAAUAUGAACUUGUAUGGUGUGGAAGUUACAAAUGAUUAUACACCAGUGCAGGUUGAAAACCCCACCACUAAUCUAAAAGGUGUAGGCCCUCUUUAUGGAAAAGUUGAAGCCGGAGCUGUUGCCCAAACUUCUAUAGGAGGCACAGCCGACUUCGUUUUCAAAACUUACACAAUACCACUGAAGGUCACUCUACGCAAUGCAGCCAACAGACGAUAUCAAUGGAACAUCGUAAAAAAUACAUUUAUGCAAAAAUUGUCAUUGAACUUUAAUGCUCGCUUUAACGGAGAGAUAAUUGUUGGCAAGUUUUAA